GAGUGGUGACAGACAUGGGCACAACACUAGAAAUAUCGAGGACAUAGACCUCCCAUUGCACUUGCUCACUAAAUUCAAGGAUUCCUCAUCUCAUGCUUGAGCUUUCUUCUUCAACAAACUGCCGAAAACCCUGAAGACUAUAAUUAUUCAAUAUUCAUAAGACUCAAUAAUUGAGGAUGACACUCUCUUUGUCAAAGCACUCAAGCGCUAUCUGAUUAAGAGACCUUACUACACCACAACUGAGUAUAUGCAGGAGCAUACCUACAGUCACUAUGUGGGACGAAUUAUGGACUAUGACUGACGUGACCCCCAUUGAAGGAAAGAUAUUUUGACGAUACCCAGGCCACCAGACUGCGGAGAAGACAAGACAAGUCAGCUAUAAAGGCAUUCCACAGUGUCCGUACUUUGCCUACCAGGGGUGAUGUGCAUGAUCAUGGCACCAGAGGCAGGCUGAGGCUGGACCUGCCAUAUCGUAGAUUGGGGAGGACCCAGAGCAGCCUCAUCUACCAGCCAGCUAGAAUUUUGAACAGUUUCAACCAGGACUCUGCCAGAGUCGGUCUUGAAGAGGAGACAGAGGGCUUUCCUUCAGGAGAACCCCUUUUAUUCUCUGAGGGAGCUCUAUGCUUGUGAUCCUCAGACUAACAGAAAAAGCCUGAGCCACAUAGUCAACAAACUCUUGAAACACCUGGCCUUUCUACAACACUACCCACCAGAGUUGGUGUCAACUCGAGGCAACGUCAUCUUUGCAACAAUGCUGUUCAUCGCUCUACAGCCAGCUCUGGCCGUUUGCACGAGUUGGCAACACUGGAAUUUCAAGUCCAGGGUAUCGGCAGUCGAUAAUCUCAUAUUUUCACUGGGCGCUCUAUGUUUGUCCAUUGAUGUCUACAUGCUGUCAGAGAAAUUGCGCACUCUCAUCAAUUUGACAAGUUCCCAGUACAAAUUGUACAGCAUUGGUUCAAGAGUGGAAGAUGAUAGGAAGCAGUCUGAAAUAGCAGGUGAUAGAAGAUUCGGUAUUCUUGAAGAAAAUACUUUGAAAAAAUACGGAGAAGAUUUGGUUCAAGAAAAAGUGAGAAGUUUGGGGGGAACCUUUACCUCUAAAGAGCACAAGAGGACUUGGGUGAAUCGUGAAAACGAUAAUGGUACAAAAGUGGGAGACAGUAAUUUCUAUUAUGGAAAUCAUUUGAAAGAAGCAGAUAUCCUUGAAGAGAAAACAGAGGAUUUCUAUGGUAGAAAUAGACACAUCGAAGUUGUGGAAAUGUAUCAUGGAGAAACAAAAUUAUUCGAACAGAAAGAUGGGAGGGAGGAUGAAAUUAUUAAUUCGGAAACAAGAGAAUAUUUUAAUGAAAAAGGGAAAGUGUCAGCAUAUUUUAAUAGUGUGGAAAGAUCUAAAGCUAAUAGAAUGUCCAUCAGGAACCAUGUUAGUUGCAAUUUUAAAAUUGGACCUACCAAUGAAGAAAAACUAGGGGACAUGGAAGGUUCAAGAUUUGGAAUGAACAGUGGCAAAAAUGUCCACAGUGACUAUUUUUUAAAAAAGAAACAAAAACUUAUAGAAAAAGUCUCUCUGGAAGGAUGCAGACGAGCUGGAACCACUGCCAAUGUGAUCACGUCUUUUUUCUCCAGUUUCACUCUGAUUCCUUUAUCCGGUAUUCUCUUCUACUUCCUCCGCCUUGAAUCUGUCGGAAAUCUUCCUCUUCCCUUCAUCAUCUAUUCUCCAUUCUCCUUUUCACUAAACAUCACCGGAUUCUUCGAGUAUUUUCUUUUGGCUUCAGUGGAACUGUUCUAUAUCUACUACACAGCUGUGCUAGCGACAACCGUUCAUGUCAUACAAACGUUGUCUAUAAAUAAUUUGAUUGGAGAGAUGCGGCUAUUUCAUUUGAACGCUCAAGAAAUUGAUGGAGUGUUUGAGAGUGUGUUAGAUGACGUACAGAAUGAACUCAGACUGCGUUUAGUCGUCAGAGAACUUGCCAUACAUCAUCAAACUAUAUUCAGGAAAGUAAGAGAUUUGAACUAUGGCUCUGAUUUUCGAAUUUUUUAUGCAAACUCUUACAUUUGUCUGCAAAUUGUGUUUGGAAUUUUCAUUUUUUUGAAAGGUGAAUUAAUAUUGAAAAUCAAGUAUGGUCUGAUGGUAAUCACUAUAGCACUGCUGGAAUUUAUCUUCAGCGAGAACGGGCAAAGAUUACAGGAUGAGGGAGAAGAGCUGAGACAAGCACUGUACCAGUGUGACUGGAUAGGAAAACCAGCAUGGUUCACAAAAGUUUUCCAGAUUCUUAUGAUCCGUAACAACAAUCUGCCAAAAGUUGGUCUUCUGAACUUGUUCACACUAAACAGAAAUAAUGUGACCGUGGUGAUUCGAGGUGCCUACUCCUAUUUCAGUUUACUAAACAAAAUUUCUUCAUAAAUAUUUAAUGUCUGAAAUAGAAUAUGGACUAAAAUGAUAGUUCCUCAAGACGAAUACUACCAUACUAAAUUACCUACCUGCCUUAUUAUUGUACAUCACGGCUCAUCUUUUAUAAUAACUAGAUUUAGAAUAAAAGUUCUUUUCAAGACC